UUUUUUUUUCUCCUUUUUCGUUGUUUCUCUCUCUCUCUCUCUCUCUUUCUUUUUUUUUUUCUUUUUUCUUUGAAAGAAUGUUAAAAAAUCAAGGAUAUAUGACUACUACUACUACUACUAAUAAACAGCAAUGUCAUUCAAAUUCUACUACUGUUUAUGAUAAAGUAAACCAAGAUUUAUUUCAACAAAACCCUAUAGAAAAAAAUAAAAAAAUACCAUCUAUUACUACUAUUUUCUUGUUACAAUUACAAGCCCAUGUUAUCAAAAGACUUGUAGAAUUAUCAAAGAAAAAAAGAGAAAGAAGGAUACAACAUUGGAUCUUGUUGAUUCUUUUAGUUUUAUUAGAUAAUAUAGCACGUAUCUUGAAUAUAGAAAAUGAAAUGAAUAAAAUAAGAAUAAUUGAAGAAGAAGAAGAGGAUCAUCAUGCUUAUGAAAGAGAUAAAAAGAAAGGAAGCACGUCUACGAAGAAAAGAUUUAAUUUACCUCAACAACAAAAACUACGUAGAAUUACAGGUCAACGUGAAAUGAGUAUGCAUACCUGUUCUUCAAAGGAAACAAAUUUAAUGAAAGGAACUUUAUCAUUUACAACAAAGAAUCAACAUCAAAAACCAAUCAUAUCAAAGCCAUAUGAACGUUGUUGUUCUGCUUGUACAAUAACGAAUCCAUCCUAGUAGGGAAGCACACACGCACAAAAUAAGGAGGUGGAGAUAAAGUUGAUUUUUUUUUUUUUUUUUU